AUGGUGAACUCAAGAAUUAAUAGUGAUGAUGCCUUUAGUAUUCCACAACUAACUGAAGAAGAGGUUUGUAGUUAUCUACGUAACUUAGACACUCACAAAGCAACCGGACUUGAUGGCUUAAGUCACAAGUUUUUGAAGAUGUCAACCUAUUUAAUAGCUCCAUCUCUGACUAAGAUUUUCAAUAAAAGUUUAUCAUCCGGAAUGUUUCCGACAAAAUGGAAAACAUCAAAAAUUAUCCCAAUCUACAAAUCUGGUGCCAAAUGUGAUGUCAACAACUACAGGCCCAUAGCCAUAUUCUGCGCUGUCAGUAAAGUUCUCGAGCGUCAUAUUCACAAUCAUCUUUACCAGUUUCUCGUGAGUCAUAACUUAUUACAUCAUGCCCAAUCUGGUUUUCGAAGAAAUCACUCGUGUGAAACAGCGCUAUGCAAACUUGUGGAUAUGUGGACAUCCAACAUGGAGAGCGGCCUCAUAAAUGGGGCAGUAUUUAUUGAUCUACGCAAAGCUUUCGACAUGGUAGAUACAGAUUUGUUAUUACGAAAUCUUGCAGUUUACAAAUGUGAUGAUUUGACAUUAUCCUGGUUUAAGUCAUACCUGCAAGAAAGAGACCAAUGUGUGCACUUUAAAGGAACUUUGUCAUCUAAGAAAUCUUCUCU